UUUUAUCUAUUCUUUAUGGAAUCAUUAGGAUCAUUCCAGAGAAAUUCGGUUUCCUCAUAUUUUUACAAAUUAUUGUGUUCGUGAUAUCAUUCCGCAGUUGCAAGUUCUAGUUGGGAUUCUGCUAAACUACGCAAUGCCCAUUCUGAGGGUGAUGUUUCAAGUAGAUGUACAUUUUUGCUGUUUUAUGCCGUUUCUCGCCUAUUACGCAUACCAAUCCCACACGUAAGGGAAGUCGUGAGAGCUGAUGGUCUAUAUUGAACUGGUCGAGGUUGCAGUGCACACACGCAUUUUUGCGGCUCUACGAUGUAAAUUUGUAGAGUAGGUUUGCUGUAUCUAGGAAGUAACUCCUUGCAGUCUGGUAGCCAGUUAUCCACGUUGUGGAAACAAGUGGUUCACUCAAAACUGAGCAACAAUUUGUUAGACCAUACAACGUGUAGCAAGACACUAAUCUUCAGUAAUCUCUGCCUAUACAACGUGUAGCAAGACACUAAUCUUCAGUAAUCUCUGCCGGCUCUUCUGUGAGAAGAAAGUCCGGCACGUCAGUGUGUUUGUUCACAAUAAUUAGUAUGUUUGCUUACAGACGUAGGCUAAUAUUCAGAGCUAGGAAUGCCGAGAAUUCUGGUACAGAGAGCUGAAGAAACAUUUCCUGGUGUGACAGAAAAGAUGAACUGUACAAAUUCAGAGAAGGUUCUAGUGGGUCCAUACGGUGAGACAUACGCAGCAAGUCAUGAUGCAAGCCAGGCAAUGAAUAUAAAAGCUGAGGAUGUCUCAGACUCACCAGAGGCAUCGUAUCCUGUGCGAAUAACAUUUCAGGAAAUAAAGGCUGAACCUGAGAACUGUACAAAAUUGGAAAAUACUUUAGUGGGUCCAUAUGGUGAGGCAUACCCAACAACUCAUGAUGCAAAUCAGGCCAUGAAUGUAAAAGCUGAGGCAGUCUCAGAUGCAGAAGAGGAAGAGGAUCCUGUCCCAGUAACAUUUCCAGAAAUAAAGGCUGAACCUGAGGGUAACUUGAAUGUACUUCAACCCGUACGUGGUGAGGAGCGACAAUAUUCCUGCAAUGAGUGUGGUGAAUUAUUCAGUCAGCAGAUAAUUCUGAGAGCACACCAACGAAUACAUAGUGGGGAGAAGCCUUAUUGUUGUGAUGUAUGUGAUAAGUCAUUCAGUGAUCUGAGUAGCCUGAAGACACACCAACGCAUACAUAGUGGGGAGCAGCCAUUUUUCUGUGAUGUAUGUAAUAAGUCGUUCAGGCAGCAGAGUAAUUUGAAGACACACCAAUGCAUACAUAGUGGUGAAAAGCCAUUUUGCCGUGAUGUAUGUAAUAAGUCAUUCAGUCAGCAGAGUAAUUUGAAGACGCAUCAACACAUACAUUGUGGGGAGAAGCUAUAUUGUUGUGAUGUAUGUAAUAAGUCAUUUAGAAAGCAGAGUCAUCUGAAGGCACACCAACGCAUACAUAGUGGCGAAAAGCCUUUUUGUUGUGAAGUAUGUAAUAAGUCAUUCAAUGAUCUGAGUAGCCUGAAGCAACACCAACGCAUACAUAGUGGUGAAAAGCCAUUUUGCCGUGAUGUAUGUAAUAAGUCAUUCAGUGUUCUGAGUAGCCUGAAGAAACACCAACGCAUACAUAGUGGUGAAAAGCCAUUUUGCUGUGAUGUAUGUAAUAAGUCAUUCAGUCAGCAGAGUAGUUUGAAGAUACACCAACGCAUACAUAUGGAAACAGACAUGACAUGA